GGUUCAUUACGCAGCUGACUGGGCGGGAGAUUGUAGUGAACGCUGCGUGUGUACCGGGAGCUAGGCACAGUCUGUUGCCGCAGGUGUACGAAGUCAAUAAAAUACGUCAAAAAGAAAAUAGGAGGCCGGGUACCUCGGGAUAUCAUCUCUGAGGACAAGUUGCCCAAACCUUCUCACCUUGUAGACACUUCUUUCUCCCCUCCUGAUAAGAUGGCUCUUCGGAAGAAACGUCCCUACGAGCAAGAGCUGGAAGGCUCCACAGUCAAAACCAAGUGCCUGUCCCUAGUGUCCGACCAUGUAAUGAAAGAUCCUACAAUGCAGAAUAUUAACUUGAAGUUGAAACUCGACCAUCAAAACAAGUGGACAGUAAAGAAACCCGACCGCAGACAUCACUCUGAUCAGAGCAGACAGCAGGAACCUGCACCAGCUUCUACUACAGAUAUGACAAAUACUCAUCACCAGCAGCAAGGUACUAUGGUGAACAGAGUUUGCUUGUCACCUCCAGAAGAAUCCACAAAGGUUCCUGUAGUCCGACUGUUUCGCCUGAAUAUCCAGACUGAAACUAAAGAGGAAAAAUCCUCAAAUGAAUUUGACACAGAGCAACAUCAUGAACAGGAACCUGCACCAGAUAAUGAGUCAAUGCACAGUAAAUCCUCUCCAUCUUCUACUACAGAGAAGACAAAUACUCAUCACCAGCUGAAAAGUACUACAGCGAGCAGAGUUUGCACAUUUGAAUCUUCAAAGGUUCCUGUAGUUCAUCUGUUUCGCCUAAAUAUACAGACUGAAAGUCAAGAGAGAGAAUCCACAACUGAAUUUGACACAGUACAACAUUAUGAACAGGAAUCUGCACCAGAUGAAGACUCAGUCCACAGCAAAUCGUUGCCAUCUAAUCUUGCACAAAAUGAACUCUCAGCUUCUACUCAUCAUCAGCAGCAAGGUACAGCGACGGGAGUUUGCCUAUCGCCUCCAGAAGAAUCCCCAAAGGUUCCUGUAGUUCGACUGUUUCGCUUGAAUAUAGAAACUGAAAAGGACGAAUCCACAAAUGAACGUGAAGCAGAGCAGCAUCCUGAACAGGAACCUGCACCAGAUGAUCACUCAGUAAACAGCAAAUCCUCUUCAUCUCCUCUUGCACACAAUGAACUCUUAGCUUCUACUACAGAGAAGACAAGUACUCAUCACCAGCAGAAAGGUACUAGAGCGAGCAGAGUUUGCUUGUCACCUCUGGAAGAAUCCUCAAAGGUUCCUGUAGUCCGACUGUUUCGCCUGAAUAUGCAGACUGAAACUCAAGAGGAAGGAUCCACAAAGGAUUGUGACACAGAGCAACUUUAUGAACAGGAGCACCGGAAGACAGACAAGCAGGAAAGGCCACAUGGGAACACGACUUACACAUCACUUGAAGAAAUCUGUAGGGGAAAGCAGCCUGUGGUUAAAUUAUAUCGCGUAGAGAAACAGCUGGAAGAAAAGGAAUUGAGUAAAUUGGACAGUGAACACAACUCGGCUCAUGAGUUAGCUUCACCAAGUAACAACGAUGCUCAUGACGGAACGGAUCUGCCUGCCCUUGCACAAAAUGCCAUACUCUCUCCUAAGACAGAUGACACAAGGAAGCAUGAUCAACAGGAAGAAACCCUAAAUGCUGGAUGGGCUACAGGUGAAAGCGACAAUGAGCAUCACUACGAUCAUGUACAGCAUGUGCAAUCUGAAGAUCAAGAAGAGCAGCCAUUGGAUGACUCUGAUAGUGACCAAUUUGAACAGAAUCUUGAACAGUUCUCGGCAUAUGAGAUUGAAAGGCUGAAGAACAUAAAAAAGAAUGCAAAAUUUCUAAAGUCUCUGCGGUUGCUUGAGAUUGUGUCAUCUCUUGGUCAACAGCGUAAAAGUAGGCCAUGUGUCAAAAGAGAGAAGCCAAAAAGUGAUAUAGAGACACGUCGGUCCAAGAGGAAUUCAAGGAAAAGUACUAAUAGCAAUGGAGGAAAAAAAAAAAAGUUGGAGGUCCUUCCCAGUGGUUGGAGAAAGCCAGAGAUUCCUACGGGACCUAUCAAGAUGUUUCCCACAAACCAGGUGGAUCAUUGUGCUUGGAAAUCUUUCCAGGACACGUGGAAAUCCAUUAGUAUAGGCAAGUUUGCCAGUCCUUUAAAGUUUAAAUGCCAAAAGCUCAGAAGCUAUAAAAGCAGUCUGAAAUGUCUGACACUGGAGAAAGGGGCUGUUGCCCAAAUUCAUCCUGCUGCCGUUUGCUCUACAGCAGUUCACCCAUCAAAUGCACAAACACUUGUAGCAGCUGGAGACCUCUACGGUAAUGUUGGGUUGUGGGAUUUGAAACUCCAGUCAGCAGGGGCUUAUUUAUUUCCACUCCAUGCUGGCAAAACUUCCGUUGCUUUCUCUCCAUCUGAUCCAAGACAUCUGGUGACACUUGGUCAGGAAGGGACAAUCCGCUGUGGAGACAUCUCUCGCUCUGUCUUUGAUGAGGAUGAUUUACCGAAGGAAGAAUAUCUCACCUCGUUUGACUUCCUGUCAGCUAGCGGUUCUGUCCUGAUAGUUAGUCACUCUAAUUCAAAGCUGUCAGUGGGGGACCGUAGGACUCCGACAAAUGCCUGCGAUGUUCAGGGAAGUCGCAUGAAAAAUACCCGUACUGUUAGUGUGAAUCCUCUCAAUAGGGAUCACUGUGCAGUAGCAGGAUCAAGCCCAGCAGCUGACCCACACGCUCACCUCCACAAUAUGGGCCGCAGUAAACUGAAAGAAGCGGCACCCAGCAAGAUAGAGGUCUUUGUUCGCCCCCGCACUGAAAUCCAAGAUGGCGCCCGCAGUUUACAGCACAGAAGCGCCGAGAGAGAGGCGAGCGCUCAGAAUCCUCCCUGCCUUCCCCGCCAGCAAGCUGCGAUUCUCCAUGAAACCAAGAACAGCUACAACAAUAAAGAGCAAGCAGCUCCCUCAAUGAGAGGCUCUUUUGAAUCCAUGUCGUCUACCGGUGACGGUGAGCGAGAGCCCAGCAGGAAGUCUGCGGGCAAAAGGCGCCACCUGCAGUGCCAUGACUGUCAGAUCGUCCUGGAGGACUCUUACGAUUUCUCCCGGUGCCCAUCCUGUAGGGCCAAGACACUCCCCCAGCUGGAGCCAUCUGUCCACGACGUGGUCGAUUGGGUGAAGGGGUACAUGGAGUCCAACAUGAGCCAGGUCAACGCCUCCAUACAGGAGCUGAAGAAGUGGAGAAAGCCAGAGAAAGGUCCAGUGUUGACCAAAAGGUUCAAGGCUGUGUUUCCGGUUAAAGAGGAUCAGGUAUCGUCCUGGGGGCCUGUGGACAUGGCGAUCGCAAAAUUAUCCAGAAGGACCCUGAUCCCUUCAGACGACGGGUCAAGUUUGCUGGACCCAAUGGACCGGAAGGCGGACUGCGCCCUUAGGCACGCUUAUUCCUCGGCCUCCGCCUCAGUCGCAAUUUCCUCGUCCGAAGUGGCGAAUUUUCUAAAAUCUAGAUUUUCCCAAAUCCAGUCUGACCUGGACCAAGGGGUCUCUAGGGACGACAUUCUGGCCUCAUGCGGUCGCCUACAGCACUUCCUACCUUGUUGGCAGGAUCAUAUCCAGGACAGUUGGGUCCUGCGUGUAAUUUCUCAGGGCUACCUUGUAGACUUGAGCAGUUUGCCUCUGGACAAGUUUGUCCAAACAAGGCUUCUUCCCAGCAACAAGCAGAAGAUUCUAGAAAGUUACGUGCUAGAAUACUUCCAGAAGGGGGCCUUAGAAGAGGUUCCUCUCCAAGAGAGGGGAACAGAAGAUUCUUAA